UGCGACAGCAGCGCCCGCCCCCGGGCCCGGGGCCGGGGCCGGGCCGGGCCGGGCGGUGGGAAGCCUCGGACAACAGACGGCGCCUCGGGGAGAGCUGUCACCUGUCACCAAGGUGAAGGUUGUCCUUCACCCGAGGGCUGGUCCUGCUCACAGGCCUGCAGCGCCCUGGUACAAGGGAAUGGAUAACAUAGAAGAAUCUAAGAGGCAUUUUCACCAACUACUAAUAGUGCAGGGCUUCAUCUUUGGCUUGUCAGAUGGGCAUUAAGUGAAGUUGACUGUUAACUGCAAACAUUUCAGAGGCACUGUAGCAGCUGGGAUGUUGCGACAGAACGGUGGAAGUAACAAGCGUGGUUUGGGAUUAGCCCGACUAUCUACCUCCAGCUUCUUCACCAUCUCUAAUUCAGGAAACUGGGGAAUGGGGCGCAGCACCAAGAGCAGUUCUUUGAGCAGCAUUAGCUCCAACUCGGACUGCUAUGACAGUCCUAUUGUGGAUCCAGAGUACAUCAUGCAACUGGUGAAUGAUGUGAGAAAAUUUGCAGAUGUGCUACUUUAUUUGAGAGAGGCCAUUCUAUCAGAAGAAAACCAAGAUUGUCUGCAUCAUGUAGUCCAUGAACGUUUAGGGGAGCUGCUGCGUGUUCUAAAAGCAGUGAUCAACAAACAUCAGACUCUCAACUCAGUUGACAUUCUUAGUGCUGCAGGAAUGGUCAUUGCAAAAGUAAAAGCUGUGAACUUUAAAGAAGUUAAUGAAGAAAACAAGAGAGAGCUAUUUGGUGAAAUAUUUUCAUCCAUUGACACAUUGGCAUUUACCUUUGGCAACAUUGUUUCAGACUUCCUUAUGGGAGAUGUAGACAAUGGUUCGUCACUGGGACUUCCUGUAUCUCGGAGAAGUCGGUCUUUUGAAAACCUUUCUGUGGAAUCUGUGGGAUCACUGCAUGAAAGGGAUGAUAUUCAGGGUACAGGACAGCUUCAAGCUGAAGAGCUUGAUAGCAAGCUCCUAAGAAAUGACAGCGGAAUUGAAUCAGCUCUGUCUUAUGCUAAAGCGUGGUCAAAAUAUACCAAGGAUGUAGUCGCUUGGGUAGAAAAAAAGCUUAGCUUGGAAGUAGAAUGUGCUAAAAAUUUAGCAAAAAUGGCUGAGACUGCUAAAACUGUUGUUGGGUCCCAGGUUUACAUGCCAUUCCAAUCGAUAUUCACAAAUGCUUUUCAAAAUGAUAUUGAGAACAGUCAACUUUGGCAACAAACAGCAACUGCUCUGCAGUCUAACAAAUUUGUGCAGCCUCUCCUAGGGAGAAAAAAUGAGUUGGAUAAACAAAGAAAAGAGAUUAAGGAGCUUUGGCAGCGAGAACAGAAGAAAAUGCAAGAAUUGGAAGCUACUUUAAGAAAAGCGAAGCUACUCUACAUGCAGCGCCAAGAUGAGUAUGAAAAGGCAAAAUCCUCCACUGUUCGUGCUGAGGAAGAACAUUUGAGCUAUAAUGGAGGUCUUAUGAAAGAUGUCAGCAAACAAUUGGAGAAAAAACGAAGGCUCGAAGAGGAGGCUCUUCAAAAAGCUGAAGAGGCCAAUGAACACUACAAAGCCAGUAUGGCAGAAGUUGAAGAAAAGAGAAAUGAUCUGGAAAGCAUCAAAAGUGAUAUUUUAACACAGCUACGGGGACUUAUUUACCAGUGUGAUCUUACUCUUAAAGCUGCAACAGUUAACCUAUUCCAGCUGCAGCAUGCCCAGGUUGUGUCCCUUCCAGUCAACUGUCAGUCCCUCUGUGAGAGUGCCAAGAUGUAUGACCCAGGACAGCAAUAUUUGGAGUUUGUGAAAAAUUUGCCAAAGGAAGAUAUUCCCAUUGAAUCGGGUUCCUUUGAAACUCAGAGCUCCCAAGUGGAUGGUGUUUUUAGUAAACAAGCAACGAACAGUGCCCAUGCAUCACAUGGAAACUUAUCUCAGUGUUCUGGAGACUUCCCUACACAGUCGUUAGAGGAUGUUGGAAGCCCGACUUACUGUCGUUCUCAUAAGAUUGGAGAGAAGAGAUCUGCCAGCAGCACAGAUAUCCAAGCAAUACGAGGACCCCCACCAUUCAGAUCAUGGUCAGUAGGCAACCAAGGUGGAGGAAUGUGUAGUGAUUCUGAAAGUGCUGGAGGAAGCAGUGAAUCGCGUUCUAUGGAUUCUCCAUCUGCUAGCCCAGGGGAUUUUAAGAGAAGGCUUCCCCGCACACCCUCUACUGGUACUAUGUCUUCUGCAGAUGAUCUAGAUGAUAGAGAACCACCUUCUCCUUCUGAAUGUGGUUUAAAUGAUUUGACAUCUGAAACUGCCAAUUCUCCUGGACCCUUUAGAAAUACCCUCAUGUCCAAGGCAGCUCAAACGCACAAGCUGCGAAAAUUGAGGGCUCCAUCUAAAUGCAGAGAAUGUGAUAGCUUAGUGGUAUUCCAUGGAGCAGAAUGUGAGGAGUGCUCACUUGCUUGUCACAAGAAAUGUUUAGAGACCUUAGCUAUUCAGUGCGGGCACAAAAAACUUCAUGGAAGACUUCAUUUGUUUGGAGUGGAAUUUGCUCAAGCUGCUAAAAAUGUUCCUGAUGGCAUCCCUUUCAUCAUUAAAAAGUGCACCUCUGAAAUUGAAAGCAGAGCCCUGAACGUAAAGGGCAUCUACCGUGUGAAUGGAGCCAAAUCAAGAGUUGAAAAACUCUGCCAAGCGUUUGAAAAUGGAAAGGACUUAGUAGAACUGUCAGAACUUUACGCACAUGACAUCAGUAAUGUCCUUAAACUAUACCUCCGCCAGCUCCCAGAACCUUUGAUUUUGUUUCGGCUUUACAAUGAGUUCAUCGGACUUGCAAAAGAAAGUCAGAAUGUUAAUGAGGAAGUGGACACAAAACAGACUAGCCCUACAUCAAAGAAAAGGCAAUCAGUCUGUAUUGAAAUGAACAGGAUCAUCAUUAAAAUGAAAGAUCUCCUCAAACAGCUACCUGUACCAAAUUAUAACACACUUCAGUACCUUACAGCACAUCUUCAUAGGGUUACUGAACAAUCAGAUGAAAACAAAAUGUCUGCCAGCAAUCUUGGCAUAAUAUUUGGGCCAACUCUGAUCAGGCCCCGUCAGACAGAUGCCACCAUUUCUCUUUCAUCACUUGUGGACUAUCCAUAUCAAGCCCGGGUAGUAGAGUUGCUCAUCACAUACUAUGAAAAGAUCUUUGAUGUUUUGCUGCAACCACUUUCUACUGUGUCUCAGCCAGAAGAAAGUGCUACUUCAGUAGAAAAUGCUUUACCAAUGGAAGAGAGGGAACUGCAGCAGCAGAGCAAAUCAUUUAUUGCUGUAAAGGAAGGCAUACUGCUAGCCCCGAGUGAGAGUAAGAGUUCAGAAACACUUGCAUUACUCUUGGAACAGGACAGCAGGAAGAACAUUCGAGAGAGAGUGGAUGCAUCUCACACUGAACGGAUGUUACUCCCACUCACUGGAGCGAAGCAUGAGGGGUUUGGGAAUUGGAAUGCUCCAUUGGAAUCCCCAACUACCACUAUUCUAGAUAUUCAUAUUGGUGCUCCCAAAGAGUCAGGCAAUGCUGAGACUCCUGUUUCAGAGGGAGAUAGUGAGCAGUCUCGCGCUCUAGCCGAGGAUGGCUGCAAAGUCAGUUUGUUGCCUGUAAAACCUAAUCGUCAAAUAACCAAAGUUCAGUUGCGAUCUCCAAGGAUAAAGCCAGUCAUUCGCCCUGUGAGUUUGCCUGUGGAGAGAAUUCUUCCUCCAUGUGUUCUGAAUGAGAGAAACUCACGGAACGUAGGUGUUUCAAGCCCAGAAAAGCUUGGCAGGAGUCCUACUAUUGAAGAAGUUUCAGAAAGCAAGGCACUUCCUGCCAUUAGUGCCUGUUGCAGGCUCUCUUGUUACGACACGCAGACUCUGAGGAAAACUUGGGAUAAGCAGUAUAAACAAUAUGAUAUAACUGCGAGGACAGCAAUGAUUGUGACCAACGUGCCCCAAGAGCACCGAGCACCAGAGUGUGGAAGUGCAGGCACUUCCUCUUCAACUUGCAGCACUGGUAAUAAUUCCACCAGUGCUGUUCCUCCCAAUAAGCCAUACAAUGUCCCUGUCAGAUCAGUGAGGGUGACAUCAGAAGGGAAUGCUCCAGAUGCUAAUCCUCUUGCUGCUUUCAGGGCACCAAGAACUUUGCAGCCACCACCAGGGACUUUUUAUAAGCCUCCUUCCAAUUACAAGGCCAAACAAAAUGAGGAGAGUUCUGCCACCAGAGUUUGUGCAACCAGUGUGAGCUCUUUGCCUGCCCAGGAGAACACUGUGAAACAAAUUAAAAAUCCAGCCAUUGCCUCAGGUGCUACUGAGCAAAACACAGAUCAACAAAAAAAUAGCUCAGAGGACAUUCAGCAGGCAGACCUGAAACCCCCUUAUCAGAGACUGCGACCAAAACGUAUACAAGAACUAGAACACAGGGAAGCUCACUUUGUGUAGGGCCACAAAUCUUUGUGGAAUGUUGAUGUGACUUACUGUUGUUUGUUUUUUGUUUUUUGUUUUUUUUUGGUCAAUGCAAAUAUUUUCCCCCUUUAAUCCUGUUCUUGUGCCAUAUUGGAAUUAUUUUUAUAUAUACAGCAUUUUAAACGCUGAGGGGAGACUGUGAAGGAAAUAUGAAGUUGAAUUUUUUUAAUUCAGUAGAUUUUCAUAAGUCUAUUUAAAUACCUUCCCAAUAUUGAUGCAGCUAAUCAGUGCAUUUGGUAAGACACUGAACUUCAAUUCCCUGAGUGGGAAGAAGUACUUAUUUAUAGAGAGAAACGACUGUUCUUGCGUGCAGCAAUGAAAGGAGCCAUUUUUUCAGUAUAAAUUAUGUAGUAAAGAUGAAGGGUUUGAUGUUCAACUGUUUAAUUAAGCAUAAACCAAAGCUUGUGCUUUGCUCUAUGAAAGCUUCUGUGUUCAGUUCUCCAAUCUGUGCAAUUAAAGCUUUGCCCCUAAAUAGAUUAUAUAGUGGCCAUCAUGGCCUAUAAUUAUGUAUCAUACGUGUAUAUUUUAUACCAUCUUUAUUUGCCAGUUUUCUGUAUUGUCACUUUAAUAUUAUUUGUACAGAAAAGAUGCACUUACUGAGCUUUACUAUUCAAAACCAAUAGCAAAUUUGCAUCCGGUUACCUGUAGUAUAACUUAGUAAGUGGGUCUGUGGUACACAGCCUACCUAUUUCUGCUGCCCUCCGGAAGAGUACCGAUUGCAGUGGUGCUGUCAUUCCCUGUUACAAAAAAGCCAGUGUUUUCCCUGCUAUAGUAGAUCAGUUUCACUUCUUGCCCAGUGUAACUGAAAUGAAGAAUAUAGUUUCAAGAUACAGUGAAAUAGGUGAAAAUAACCAAAAAUCAGCAUUAGUAGGUGCAUCUAAUGGUUUUCCACUUGGUAUUAAAUGGUUUUUAUAUGUGCACUUGUAUUGGCUUAAAAAUAUAUUAACUUGUUAACAUUCCACUGACUCCAUGGUGUUUAUAACAUCUGGAUUUCUUCUAACUUAUUAAAAUACAGACUCUUGGCCUUUACUAUGCUUUAGUGUAUGGCUUAGUAUUUCCAGGUCUCUGGAAAAUGAAAAGUGCAUUCUUUGGAGAAGAAUGCAUUUAACUGGAUUCUUCACAAUACAAAUGCCAAAUGAGGGGCAGUAGCAUAAGGCAUUUUUAAAGAAGGGAAUCAAAAGAACACUGACAGAAAGAAAAGCAAGGAGAGGGGUUUGGUUUGGUUUGGUUUGGUUUUGUUUGCCUGGUUUUCUGUCUAAACUAAAGGUUUUAACAAAGUUUCCUACAUUUAAAACAAACCACAGAAUAAACCCAAACACUGCAUUUCAGUGGGCGUAGUCUGAAUUUAGGUUCCAGAAUAGAAAUGCUUAAAGAUUUACAGGACUGAACUUCUGAUUCGCUGUUUUACUACCAAGGAAAUGAAACUUCUGUGCUUGCAAAAAUCCUCCUACCUCUGGGUAUUUCUGAUAUGUCAGGAAACAUUUCUUUCAAUGACAGAGGGCUGAAAAUGUGAAGGAGCAACUGGUGUGAGAAGCUGGCCAAUGGCAAUCUGUCAGAUUCUGGCACCAGUAUUCAGAUCAAAAAGGGCAAAUGGGAGAAAGGUCAAAGAUUCCUUCUAGAUACUGUGUAAGAGGCAUUCCAUUUCAAAAGAGGGAUAAAUUCACUUGAUCAAUGGGCAGGAAUAAGCAUUAAUAAGUAAGUCUGAACAUAGCAGAGAGCCAGUGUGAGGAAGGCAACAGAAAUAUGAUAUACAAUGCCUGCUAGAUAGAAACAGCAAUGUAAUUUCCAUUAAAUUUCUAUUCUGUU